AUGAAAAUACAUUCUGAUAGUCCCCUUUCUAAAAUAGAACAACUAUUUAACAAUUUAGAUUCGAAUUUAAGCAAAAAUUAAUACAUUAGACUAUAAUUUAAACUCAAUGGAUAUAAGGAGAAAAAAUUGGGUUAGGAUUAGGUUAUAAUUGAAACAAGUUUGAUUGAUGGAUAAUAUUCUCAAACAGCAAUAUUGAUAGGAAAGGCUGCUGAACUGAUAAAAGUCUACUAAAGUAACAAAUAAUUAAUAUCAAGAUGAGAAAUUUAUUAAUGUGAAUUCUAUGAUAAUAUAAUUGUUGCAAUGGAAAGUGGCCUAUUUAGAAAAAAAUAAAGCUUACACCAUUGUGAUCUAUGAAUUUCAAUAUAUUGGAUCCCUAGAUGGGGAACAUGAAUGCACUUAAUACAAUGUUGAGUAAAAUUGUUAAAGCCAAAAAAAACUUAGAGUGACAAUCAAGUAGCAUAAUACCAUUAAUAAUAAUACAAGCCACUAAUAAUACAUUACAAAUUCAAUUAAAAAAGUGAAAAUUGAAAAUUCUUCAUUUACGAAAGAUUCAUUUAUAAUUGAUGAUAAUCUCUUAAAUAUUUCGGCUUUGGAUAACCCAGCAAAUAAUAAAUAAUCAAAUUAGUUUAAAGAUUAUUAAUAAUAACAACAAAUAUAAUAAUCAGAAUUAACAAAAAUAUCUGCUAUGUAUCCUAAUAUGAAGAAAUGGGUCUUGGAAGGUAGAAUUAUCUUAAAAUCAGAAUAAUUAGAUUUCAGAUGCAAAAAAACUGAUACAAUCUAAAGAUAUUUUAAAAUCAUAAUUUUAGAUUGCGAAUAAGAAAUUAUUGUAGGCUUAUUCUAUGAAAAAGCCUUGAGUAAAUUUUUUUCUGUGUUGUAAUAAGGAAAGGUUUACACAUUUAAAAAUGGCUGUAUAGGUUAAGAUAAGGCAAAUGGUACAAAGAAAAUCUCAUUUAAUGAGUAUUCCAUUAUUUCAGAAUCCUAAAAUUUUGCAAUUCCAUCAGCCCCGCAAUUAAAUUUUUCAACGCUUUAAGAAAUUGAGACAUUAUAACACAAUUCCAUUGUCGAUGUUGUUGCUGUCAUAUAAGUAAAUAAAUAAAUUAUAAUUAGGAAAUAAAAUAAGACUCUGAUUCUUGUAAAUCAUUUAUUGUCUUUGAUUAGACAACAAGAUUAUCUGUAAAACUAUGGGGAGCUUAAUAUGCUAAUAUCAAUUUAUAAAAAGGGGAAGUUAUGGUCUUUAAAGGAUUAAAAUUUUACAAUACAAAUUUUAAAUCGUUAAACUCUGACCAUUAGACAAUGAUUAUUUAAAAUCAUGACUUAAACGAGUAAAUUAAUUAUUAAAUAUCUAAGAGUUAAACAGUUGAAAAGUUGGUUGGCCGGUAAAAAUAUUGAUACAAUUAUGAAACCAAAUCCAGAUAACUCAACAAUUGAUCUUCAAUAAUUAGAUGAAUUUGUGAUUAAACAAUUAAAUGAAGGCAAGACUUAAUAAGCUAAUUAUAAAUACAUUUUUGGUUACAUAAUUGAGAUCCAAGAAAAUAGAAAUAUGUAUCCUUGCUGUCCGAGUCUUCGUUGCAAAUCGAAGAUGGAAGAGAUUCCCAGUAGAAAAACGUAUCGAUGCAAAAAAUGUUUAACAGAAAAUCCUUCACCAAAAUUUAGCUUUGUCUUGAGAGUAACAAUCAUGGAUGAAUUUACAAAUAUAAAGGCAGUUAUUUUUGAUGAUAUUGCUGUUAAAUUACUUGGAAUAACCGCAGAUUAACUCAGAGCAAUGAGUCAUGAAGAUUAAAGGAAUAUAUUUUUAUCAAAAGAAUUUUAACAAAAGAAAAUGAAGCUCUAAAUUUAAUUCUAAGAUUAUAACGGAUAAAUUUAACCAAAAUAUAAUGUUUAGGAUAUAGUAGAUAUCGAUUACAAAGUAUUAGCGACAUAAGCAUUCGAGAUGUUUGAUGAACUAGAUAACCUGCUGAAUUUAUCACUGGUGUUGUGAAAAUUAUAUAU